AGAGAAGCACAGCUCAGACUACAACAACCACAUCACCACUUUCAACCCCAACGAAACCUGCGAACGUCGAGAUUGACGUCUUCAGCACCUCUGCAUAUCUCCGUUAUCUCAGCCAUCUCCUUGACACGAGUCACGAUCACCUUCGACGCGCUUCUUUCCAUUCCCAGAGUACGUCACGGAAGGGCGCCUUCAGGACGCUGACAAGACGAUAUGCCCAGCAAGACACCCCAUACAAAUGGUGACAAACCUGUCGAGAAUGGUGUCAAUGGUACAAAGGACGUCGAGAUGAAAGAUGAUGCGCCAGCUCCGUUGAAGGGUGGGAAAGGCAAGAAGGUCAAAGAAGGAGAUGAAGAGAUGACUGUUGUUGUUCCACCUUCAAAAGGGUCAAAGCUAUCAGCUCCACCCCCUAAAGAUACCGAUGGUGAUGUAGUGAUGGAUGGACCAGAGGAGAUCAACGGAGACGAUGCAGGAGCUGUUCAGAUCGACCCGGUGGCCAAAGCUGUAGCAGAUAUCAAGAGCAACUUCCCGCUACUAGAGAGAGCGGUUACACUGUUCGAUGCAAGAUUUUCUCUUCGAGCUCUUCGAUCUAUCUCCUCCAUCCGCAAACGCCUUACACCCGAUAUCCUAGCGCAAGUCAUUGCCGAAACUUACCCAUCAACAAGUCCUGCUGCUAAAUCAUUACUUCUCGCGAUCGAUAGAGAUUAUGUCUCAUUCACCAAGCCGGCGGCAACCGAGAUGGAGAUCGAUGGAGAAUCUAAAGGCAAACUAGCAAAGAAGGAACAGAAGGAGAUCAUUCCCGAAGUCGACAUCUUUCUUGGCAUCCUGAUUCAAAUUUACUUCCUUGACAACAAGAUCAACAAAAUGGGCGCUUAUUUCUCUGCACAGCUCACUGAGGAAAUACACUCGUUGAACCGUCGAACUCUGGAUUCUCUUUCUGCUCGCGUGUACUUCUACUGGUCAUUAUUCUGCGAACAAAUCGCUCCUCUACCACCAUCUCCUUCCUCACCUGUUGUAGCUAUCCGACCUGAUCUUCUGGCUGCCUUACGAACUGCUGUCUUACGCAAGGAUAUCGACACGCAAUCUACCGUAAUCGUUCUUCUGCUCCGCAACUACCUCUCAACAUCGCAUAUUGCACAAGCCGAUCUUCUGGUAUCACAUACAAAAUUCCCGGAAAAUGCGUCAAACAACCAGGUUGCACGAUACUUGUACUACCUUGGUCGCAUUCGCGCCAUUCAGUUGCGGUACACCGAGGCUCACGAACAUCUCACAGCUGCGACAAGAAAGGCACCUUCAAGUCCAAGCGCGGCGGGCUUUACACAAACAGCUACCAAGCUUUUGCUUGUGGUUGAGCUUUUGAUGGGAGAUAUUCCUGAAAGAGCUACUUUCCGCCUUGCUAGCCUGGAGCGUGCCCUUCAACCCUAUCUACUUCUUGUACAGGCAGUCAGAGUAGGUAUGUUGGGAGAGUUCGAGAAUGCAAUCAAGCAGCACGGCGAGACCUUCCGACGGGAUGGAACUUACACCCUAAUCCUGCGUCUGCGACAAAACGUCAUCAAGACCGGCAUUCGAAUGAUGUCCUUGUCCUACUCGAGAAUCUCUCUCCGGGACAUCUGCAUACGCUUGAAGCUGGAGAGCGAGGAGUCCGCGGAAUACAUCGUUGCGAAGGCUAUUCGAGAUGGUGUCAUAGAGGCUUCGUUGGACCGAGAACGAGGCUUCAUGAAGAGCAAGGAGGUGGGAGAUGUUUAUGCGACUAGAGAGCCGGGAGAGGCCUUCCAUGACCGUAUUCGUGCUUGCCUUUCUCUGCACGAUGAGAGCGUCAAGGCUAUGCGAUUCCCCAUGAAUCAACACCGAUUAGAGCUAAAGAACGCACAAGAAGCACGAGAGCGCGAGCGAGAAAUGGCCAAGGAGAUUCAAGACGGCGACUUGGAUGAGGAUGACCUCGGAGGCGAGUUCGAGGGCAUGUAAGAUGGAUCGACUUCGACGCGUAGGAGGGGAAACCUGUACACAAGGGAGGGAAGGCAUAUUCUGGGGGAUGGGUUUGGUGGCACUUCAUCAACAUUGUGUUGCUACUUAUCUACCAGAAAGGUUGAUCUCUAUGGGUGCUGGGUGAUAGACAUGCAUUGGUGAAGGAGGAGGCAGCAGUCUUGAACUCGGGAUAGAGAUGUGCUAUAUUAGUUUCUUGCGCGUGCGUGCGUACGUUCUGCGUCUACCGGCGAUGCGGUGGAUGAGAAGCAGAACUGAUGAUGCAUGAAAUUGCAUGCGCGUAGUAAUUGAUAGAUGUUUCUUUGAUU